AAGGACAGGAGAAAUUAAGAGUAACAGCGUGCCGAUGAUCACAGGCUAUUGCGCGCCUUCUCCCACCACCAACCACUAUCUACGCCAUCAUCUGACUUCUUAUUAAUCACUUCUAGACCUUCCAGAAAAAGGAGCGCGGCUCUACGAACGAGUCUAUAGUACAGUGACUCUUUUACUUUUUGCUUGUACGAUUGCAUGCGCAACUCGCGUCGACGAGCUUGCGCGUUCUUGUUUCCGAUGAUUUUGAUUACCUGUUACUCGAGCCAAUAAUUUGAAUUGCCAACCGCGAAGUAGAAAGAAGUCAAAGCCAUGGAAAGUUUCCUCCUUUCCCCGCUCCAGUACGUGACCAACACGGUCCGGCGGCUGACCGCCCGCCCCCCGGGCGACAGCGACGAUGAGGAGCUUGGCGAGCGGGCCGAUUUGCACCCGGGCGACGUGGUGCACGCGAGCAACCACAAGAUCGUGUCUACUUUUGGAGGCAUGACAUCAUCUUCUACUUCCUCGCCCAGAACUACAUCACCCGGCGCAGGAGCCCUGCAGCUCGACGCCGUGAACCUGCAGGGCAAGUACCGUUUCCGGAUUGUGAAAAAACUGGGGGAAGGGCGGUUCUCGUCCGUUUUCCUGGCGGAAACGCUGAAGCUAAAUCUUCCUACGGCACCAACAACAUCUGCAGGAGGUACUAGUACAAACAGCGCAGCAGGGGCUCCAGGUGCAAGCGAUAUGCAGAACAAAAACAACUUUCUCGCGAUUCCGCGGGAGCAGGCCAGCAAGGAGAAGCAGUUGACGCACCAGCAGGAGUUGGCGAAACAGGGGAAAACUGAGAACCAACUGAACCUCAGUAGCCCCCGGACGAACAACAGCGUCGAGUUAAACGAGAAUCACAGAAUUCCCUCCCGUGUCGCGCUGAAGGUUCUCCGCACGAACGCGAGCAAACAGGAACUGGACGAAGAGCUGGACUUGCUGUUGAAGAUCCGGCAGAUGAGCAAAAGGGGCGGGCACUAUCUGGUGCACGGCUACGGCCUGGCGCACUACUUGCAGCACCAAUGCCUACUGCUGGAGCUGGCGUUUUCCGACCUCUGCAAACUGAUCGAGAAGGCGCCAGGUCAAAAACUGACGAAGGAGACCUGCCGGUACAUAGGUUCGCAGUUGGAGCAGGGCCUGCGGUUCCUGCACGAGGAGUGCAAACUCGCGCAUCUAGAUCUGAAACCGGAAAACGUCGUCGUGAUGCCGUUUAGAGCAGGAGAUGAGCAACAAAAGAGUAAUAGUGGUAGUGGUACUUCUGCCAGUGGUGCGCAACAAGUGCAAACGAAGUCGUCGUCUACUGGGGCAGCAGGAGUCUCCGCAAUAUUACCCUCUUCCUUAGCCCAGUCGUUCGAGAGCUACUUCAAGCAGCCGCUGCUGAUCCAGCAGGGCGCGGUCCGCGUGAAAAUCUCGGACCUGGGGUCCAGCGAGAGUUUUGCGACGGCUGGGGCGAAGAAAGUGAACAAAAAGUACGGUGCGCCGGUGACAAGGCCGUACCGGGCACCGGAGCUGCUGCGGACCAACCGGGUGCAGAACAACGACCAAAUGCGGGUGUACGGGUACUUCACAGACAUGUACGCGCUGGGCUUGGUGCUGCACGAGUGUUUCACGGGCAAGAUGACCGUGGACCUGGACGAGCUGGCGUGCGAGGAGACCGCGGCCGUCGACCACAAGCACUUCGACUUGCUGCUGGGCGGGCCGAUCGUGUCCGGGCGGCAGACCAAGCCGGGCUUGCUGCACAGCACGGUGAAGAAGGAUUUGGAAGCGAUCGCGGUGAACUUGUCGAACUUGGUGGCCUACGACAUGGCGGGAGGCAACUCUUGGAUGAAGAAACGGAUCACGUACCACAGUUUUUCAUCUUCCUCAAAAGCGCAACAAAGUGCUCCGUCGUCUGUGAUCAAGUGGGGCAAGGCCGCGGACAAGAUUGAGCGACGGAAGAAACGGGACGCAGAGAUGGUGAAGCUGUCAAACCACGAGCAGGGCCUGCUGGAUGAAUUGGAAGGGGUGCGGAAAAAACGGAAGUUGAUGCAGAGGGGAUUUUCCAGCUCCAGCGAGGAGGAGACUUGAGAGAAAGGCUUCACGAAAAAACUGUUUGGUAGUUCUUUGCAGCUUUUGCUGUGCUCAUUUUAUGCUCUCCUUAUUUACGCGCAUCUUCAUUUGCGUCAUGUUUUACUUACUUUUAUCACGGCAGUAAAAGACUGCGUGAGCCUGAAAUUGAAAUUUUAGAAGCAGGUUUAGUGCCUGAGAGUGUGAGAAAUUUUGAAGCCUGAAGCUCUUCGUGAUUAAUUUGAUUGCUUCUACUUUCGCUAGUACUACGCCUGGAAGUUUUGAUGGAUCUGUUAUAGGAAGUGAUGCUCCACUAAGAAAGAAUUUAGGUUCAUUAACAUUAUCUACAAAAGAAGCAGAAGCUGGGCCUGUGGCUGCAAAAGCGCACGUCUCCUGCCUACCCCUAGCAGUGCAGGUACCGGUAAAGAAUAUAGUGCUGCUCCCUCUUCACAGUCGCACUUAAACUAUACUUGGCUCUACUAUGUCAAACCCCUAGCAGCCCUCCCCUAUGCUAGCAAGAUGAUGAUGAUGAUGAUGCUUUUCAUCAUCCCACAGACUUCUCUUUUAUCAGUUUUGUAUUCAAAG